AUGGCACGUGAAGACACGGCAUCUCAAAAGAUCUCCACCGUUGGUGGGUUCAUCGCUGGUGGACUAGCAGCGUGUGGUGCAGUCACCUUCACAAACCCAAUCGAGUUGGUGAAGACUCGUAUGCAACUACAGGGUGAGUUGUCGAAAACGAAAGGACCCAAGGUGUACAAGAACCCAUUGCAAGCGUUAGUCUUGAUCUACAAAAAUGAAGGUAUUAGAGGUAUCCAGAAGGGUCUUGCAUGUGCAUACGUGUACCAGCUAGGUUUGAACGGGUGCCGUCUUGGUCUAUAUGAACCAACGAGAAAUAUUUUCAACUCGGUGUUCUAUCCUGAAGUAGACCCUCGUCGUGUGCAGAACAUUCCAAUCAAUGUUGCCGCAGGUGCAAUCUCAGGUAUCGCCGGUGCCAUCAUCGGUUCCCCAAUGUAUUUGGUGAAAACUAGAAUGCAGUCAUAUUCGGCUCAGAUCCAGAUCGGUGAGCAGACACACUAUAAAUCCGCAUGGCAAGGCCUACGUGCGAUCUACAGCGCAGAAGGAGUGAAGGGUCUGUUCAGAGGUGUCGACGCAGCCAUUCUGAGAACAGGUGCUGGUUCGGCAGCUCAACUACCAAUAUAUAACUUCACCAAAAAUGAGAUGAUGAGUUCCGGAUUCUUCAGCGAAGGUCCAGCGUUGCAUUUGGGUGCUUCUGUUGUCGCUGGUUUUGGUGUCGGUAUUGUGAUGAACCCUUGGGAUGUCAUAUUGACCAGAGUGUACAACCAGAAGGGUGAUCUCUAUUCAGGCCCUGUCGACUGUUUUGUGAAAACGAUCAAGAGCGAAGGUAUCAUGGCAUUGUAUAAAGGUUUCGGUGCCCAGAUCUUGAGAAUUGCUCCUCAUACAGUUCUAACCUUAACAUUUAUGGAACAAACAAUGAGCUUGGUGUAUAAAGUUGAGACUAAGCUUCUUGCAUAA